CAGUACGGAACAGUUGACUCAGGACCAACAACUGCAACAAACACCGACCAGACAGCAGCAAAGAUGAUCAAGAACGUGAAUUUCCACUGCCAGGCGAACAACAUCGCCCACCGCACCAUUGAAAUUUCCACGACACAGCUGAUUGUGAGGCGGGGUCAGUCUUUCCUCCUGACCCUGGACAUGAUGCAGCCUUCCUGCUCCUGGAACAUGCUCAUCCUCACCGUGGAGACAGGUUUUGCUCCAUCGGAAAGUCGUGGGACCCGGUCUGAGUUCGGUAACCCGUCCCCCAUGUACACCAGCGACGUCAAGGCAAUAUGGAAGUACGAUAUUGACGAGCGAACUCCUGCAGGGAGGGGCAUUGUGACCCUGAACGUGACUCCACCAGCUGACGCUCCCGUGGGGAAGUACUCACUGUCUGUGAUGACCGAAAAGGAAACAAAAUCUCUGGGAACCCUGGUGGUGCUCUUCAACCCCUGGUGCUCUGAUGACUGGGUAUAUCUUCCCGACGAAAGGGAGCGACAAGAAUAUGUGAUGAAUGAAGAAGGACUCAUCUAUAGAGGGUCAUCACAUUCCAUGUGCCCUAUGCCGUGGAUCUUUGGACAGUUCGAGGAGGAAAUGGUGGACAUUUGUCUGAAGCUGUUGGACGUUAACCCAAAACACGCAAAAGACCCAGCUGAUGAUGUGUCUGCACGCUGUAACCCCAUCUACGUUAGCCGCGUGAUCAGUGCCAUGAUCAACUGUAACGGUGAUAGUGGUGUGUUAGUGGGGCGCUGGGAUGGAAACUACCGUGACGGGAUAUGUCCCUCUCGUUGGGCUUGCAGCGUCAGCAUCCUCCAGCGCUGGUUUCAGAACCGCUGCCGGCCGGUCAAGUACGGACAGUGCUGGGUGUUUGCUGCUGUCAUGUGUACAGUGAUGCGGUUCCUCGGCAUCCCAUGUCGCGUCGUCACAAACUUCCAGUCGGCUCAUGACACCAACUGCAACCUGACUGUUGAUGAGUAUUACAGUGAAUCUGGAAUACAAGAUGACAGUAUCUGGAACUUCCAUGUGUGGGUGGAGGGAUGGAUGAAGCGACCAGACCUCGGGAAGGGUGGCAGCUAUGAUGGUUGGCAGGUGCUGGAUCCCACUCCACAGGAACUAAGUGAAGGUACGCACUGCUGUGGUCCAGCUCCUGUUCAGGCCAUCCUCAAGGGCGACACUGAUCUCAAGUAUGACGUGCCCUUUGUCUUUGCUGAGGUCAAUGCAGACAUUGUCAAGUGGAUGACCAGUGCUGAUGGUUCAAAGAGGAAAAUUUUCUCUGACACCAAGACAGUGGGUCAGAACAUCUCCACCAAGGCUGUGGGCUCCUACGCUAGAGAUGAUAUCACCAACAACUACAAACACAGAGAAGGGACCUCAAUGGAGAGGAUGGUGUACAACCGUGCGGUCAAAAGACUGAACUCAAAGGAAGAUGAAGACGCUCAAAGAGGACAGGAACCAAUGAAAGUGGCGAUCAGAAUUGAAGAGGAUUCAAAUGUGAAAAACGGCAAGGAUGUUAAACUGAAGCUCACGUUGUGCAAUAAAGAUGACACCAAGAAGAUGAUUUUCAUCCACAUCAACGUGCAAGGCAUGCGGUACAACGGUGUACCAUUAUUCAAAAUAAUGAGCACAACGAAAGAGAUGACACUGAUGCCUGGACAAGUCGAGACCAUGCCUAUCCAGAUUCCAUUCUCAGCCUACUGUAAAGCCAUGUUGGACUGCGACAGCAUGAAGGUUUCAGCCAUGGCCAUCGACUGCGAAGAUAUCUAUGAGGAUGAGAUGGACAUCAUCCUGCAGGAACCUGACAUCUCCAUGAAGGUUUUGGGUCUAGUCCACGUUAACCGUCCAAUGACUAUGGUGGUAGAAUUCGAAAACCCCCUGAAUGAGACGCUGAGGAACUGCUCUCUCACCGUCAACGGAUGUGGCCUGUUCCACUCAGACUACGUAGGAGGUAACAUCGGAGACCUGGCGCCCAACUCCAAGCUGAGGCUUGAGAUCACUACGACGCCCUACAAGGUCGGACCGAAGGUGGUGGUGGCCGACUUCGACUGCAGCGCCUUCAGGGAUCUGAAGGGAAGCUGCAUCGUGGAUGUCAGACCAUGAGGCGCCGUGUAACAUUUACAGCUUCCAGAGAGAGUUUGUAAUCUCUCAUUCUGGCUAAAUUAAGACGGUUAAUCAUUAUACUAAUUAUUAUUAAUCAUGUGGUGUUUUUUUUUCUCUUGGAGGUUAAUCAACAGCUGUUUUUAAUUGCAAAGAAUCAGUUUAGCUCUGUUUACUAAUUGAAAAUCGCUGAGUUUGGACGGCCGUGGUGAAUUUUGAGAUUGCAUUUGCUGAAAAAUCUAAUCAUUUUUAUUUUACAUGUAAAAAUUGUGAUGACUACACAUCACCAGUUUUCUGUUACAUUGCAGCAGUCUCAAAUAUCUUUGUUUUGUUGUCUGUGGCGACCCCUAUGGCGAUAAGUGCAAAUUGCAGAUGUUGCCUCGCUGACAGCAACAGCUUGAUUUUAUUGAAAGCGAACUCUUUGAAACUAAAAAAAAAAAACUGAGGUGAAAUAAAGUUGAUGAGAAAUCCCUGAUUUGAGCUUAGUAAUAUAUUUUUCACAAUAAAAACAUCAAAUUAAUUAAUGAAUUUUAUGUGUAAAAUCACGACUGUAAUUAUAAAAAUAAAAAAUGUAAAAAAAAAAAAACAACAAAAAAAAGUUAUUUGUCUGUGAAUAUACAGACAAGUGAUAAGAAAUGUCUUUAAAAACAUCUGAAUAAAGAA